UCAAAUGGUUGUCAGGUAGUUAGUCUGUCAUUUUUUAUCAAUAUUUCGCUUUUUCUUUAUUUUAUUAUAGUUACAUAGCAGAGGUACAGAGAAGUUGUGAUGUGGUAAAUCUAAUCGGUUUCGCAUUAUGGAGUGAAUAAUUAGUUUCAUGAUUACAUUGUAUCGUCACGUGAUGACUGCAGCUGCGAGCAUUUUAUCCCGAUCGAAGUGUAGUGUAGACGUGUUGUGUGAUGAUUUAGUUUUCAUUCCCAGUGUUAGUGUUAUGAUCGUUUAAUUAUGGGGCAGAUUCCUAGUUCGAGUUCAAGUGGAAAGAGAAUGAGUAGAGUAGACAGACAGACUUCGUUACGAGUUUUAUUGCGGCGAAGCAUGAAGAGGAAAGUGAAGUUAAGUCAUACGUUUAGUUUGCCGCCUUCUAAUGACUCUGGCUGUUCUGCGGAAUACCCGGAGCUGAUGAACGUCAACACUGCGACAGAGGAGCAGCUGAUGACCCUGCCGGCUGUGAACAGGCAGCUCGCGCGGGAAAUAGUUCGGCACAGGCAAAUGAUAGGAGGUUUCAAACGUGUCGACGACCUUGCGCUCGUCUCAGGGCUAGGAGCAGAGAAAUUGGAGUUACUCAGGCCAGAAAUAUGUAUAAAAAAACAGUUGUCACGGGCAAGCUCGUGCACGCAGUCUUUGGACAGCAUCAGGACUUCCGGAGAGAGUCGACUGUGCUCCAUAAACUCUUCCAGUGUAUUCCAACUGCAGUGCGUACCGGGCCUCAACCAGGAGAUAGCAGCGAACAUCGUAGACUACCGCAACAAGAAAGGCCCGUUCAAAUCUUUAGAUGACUUAAUAAAAGUACGAGGAAUGGACACAGUGAAGUUGUUAACGGCUAAACAGCACUUGAGUCUCGAGUCGAGGAAGUGUGAAAGCAUGCAGAUGCUAACAAAUGGUCAUGUGAAUGGUUGGGACGCGUCUCCAUCGAUCAGCCAUGUUUUGAUGAACGGUUCAAUACCAAAGUCCAAAUUUUCCUUUCCGAAGUUACCAAACGGAUUUGCAUCGGCUCCUGUUGAUGACAUAUUGGAGUUGCUGUCUGCGUAUUCGCACAGGCCGUUGUUGGAAGACGUGUUCACGUAUGAGAGGCACGGGGUGAGGUGCUGUAGGAUAGCGUCGUGGAACCUGCACCAGCUUAGUUUAGAUAAAAUCAAGAAUCCCGGUGUCAGGGAAGUCGUGUGCCUGACUAUUUUGGAAAAUAAGUUAUCGCUUAUAGCCAUCCAAGAUGUUGUAGACAAAGGGGCCUUGAAGGAGAUCUGUGAUGAACUGAACAACGCCGACUUAAGACGAGUGAGGGAGUGCAAGAGUAAUAGCAGGAAUUGGCAGUACUGCAUACCGGACGGUGGGGGGAGGGAGAAACUGGGCUUCAUAUACGACUCCGGGGAGACAAUCACGGUGGAAGCAGUUGAAGAACCUUCGGAAGAUGUUGGAAGGCUUCUGGAAGAAGUGGCUCAUAUGGACUGCGAGCUGGUGAAUGUCUCUGCACAGGCAUUCCGUAUCUGCGCGCAUACACUAGUAGCUAUUAACGUGAUCUGCUCCGACCGUCUCACUCCAGAAGACUGCUCCAGACUGCACAGGGUGACAGAACUAUCUAGAACGUUGAACAUCCAGGUUGCCGCAAUGGGAGAGUUUUGGUCGUGGGACAAUAUAGAAUCGUUGAAUUCGUGCGAAUCACUGGUAGACGAGGACGUUGUCACGACCAUAAACUCAAAACACACUGGCAGGAGCUCCAUUCUGUGCCCUGGGACCAUAGACAAGAGCAACUUCAAUGGCCACUCCGGCGCAAUCAGGUCAGGACUCUGCCAUUUAGCGAUACCACGCGAUUGGUCCUGGGGUGGACCGGCGUCGCCAUUUUGCCCAAUCUGGGCUGAACUUAACGUCCCAGAUUGACGAGUGAAGAAAAAAAUAAAUUAUAAAAAAAAUAUAGUUUUAUUACCAUCGGCUGUGUUGAUCAAAUGCCUUGUAUUGUGAAGUGUAGCGGCCAUUUUGAAUUUUUUGACAUAUCGCUGGCGAACGAGAGCCGGUUCUAAAUUUGAAUUUCGUGUUUUAAUUGUUUGUUGAUUUUAAUGAGUUUGACUUAUGGUGUGUAAAUAUGAAUAAUUUCAAAGUAUUUAGAAUGGUUAUAAUGUACUGAAAAUGUGUAGAAGAGUUAGGUUUCUAUAAUUGAGGAGAUAUUUUUUUAAAACUUUUUUUUUCCAAAUAUUUGCUGGUUAUCUUUGAGAAUUAUUUAAGACACCAGAAUUCAGAAACUUCCUUUAUUUCGUUCCAGUCCUAGUAUAGCUUAUACUUCCAAGGGCAUUUACCAAUCAUCUUUUCCAACUUUUGAUGUAAAUAUUUAGAAUUUUUAUAUAGGCAUGAAUUAUAUAUUUUAAGAUUUAAUUAUUGUGACCUAAGUAUCGCCAUGUAUUAUAUCUUAUUAUUAAACCUCUAUGAAAAUGC